UGGGGAGAGGGUGCCAUGGAUUUGAGGUAUAUGCAAGAGGUAGACUUGGUGAGACACUGACCAUGGAAGGUGAGGAACCAAAAUGAAAGAGGUGUCAAGAAUCACUCCCAGGAUUUUGGUCUGGUGGAAUGGAUAGAGGCCUUCUAGAUGCCUUCUUGAGCCUGCUUGUGGCCACCCACAGACACUUGUAAGGAGGAGAGAAAUCGGCCCGCUUACAGACACUCUGAAAUGAAGGAUUAGAGGCCAGGAUCCAAGGAGCAAGAACCACAGCCCGAAGGCAAGGGAGCAGGCCCCGACGACGCUACUGCUGAGAGGUCUGCCAUGGCCUCUCUUGGCCUCCAACUCGUAGGCUACAUCCUGGGCCUCCUGGGGCUGAUGGGCACCCUGGUGGCCAUGCUGCUUCCCAGCUGGAGAACGAGCUCCUACGUUGGUACCAGCAUCGUAACGGCGGUCGGCUUCUCCAAGGGCCUCUGGAUGGAGUGUGCCACACACAGCACAGGCAUCACCCAGUGCGACAUCUACAGCACACUCCUAGGCCUGCCCGCUGACAUCCAGGCUGCCCAGGCCAUGAUGGUGACAUCCAGUGCGGUCUCUUCGUUGGCCUGCAUUGUCUCUGUGGUGGGCAUGAGAUGCACAGUCUUCUGCCAGGACUCCCGAGCCAAGGACAGAUUGGCGGUGGUGGGCGGAGUCUUCUUCAUCCUCGGAGGCCUCCUGGGCUUCAUCCCAGUUGCCUGGAAUCUUCAUGGGAUCCUGCGGGACUUCUACUCCCCACUGGUACCUGACAGCAUGAAAUUUGAGAUCGGAGAGGCUCUUUACCUGGGCAUUAUUUCCUCCCUGUUCUCCCUGGUGGCUGGAAUCAUCCUCUGCUUUUCUUGCCCAUUCCAGGGAAAUCGCUCCAACUACUACGAUUCCUACCAGGCCCAGCCCCUCGCAACUAGGGGCUCCCCAAGGUCUGGUCAACCGCCCAAAGUCAAGAGUGAGUUUAACUCCUACAGCCUGACAGGGUAUGUGUGAAGAACCAGGGGCCAGAGCUUGGGUGGGGGGCGGGGGCUGGGUCUGUGAAAACCAGUGGACAGAGCCCACACCCCCAUCCCCCGGGGCCACAGGUGAGGGACAUUGGCACUGGAUCAUGUCAGGUGCUGCUGAGGAUAGACUGACUUUGGCCGCUGGAUCGAGGGAAGGCAGAAACCGGAACUGGUGUGACAGCAUGUAGGGUGGAUUGUCAAGAUGCUUGCCGAGCCAACCUUUCUGUUUCCUUCACCUUGCCCACGGCCCUGCAAUCUCCCUUCACCCCCACCCCAGUCCGAGUCCCCAGCCCUAACUCCAAACUCCACCCCUUAGCCUAGGCCAUGCCACAGAGGCUCCCCUCGGCCUUUUGGUUGACCCGCGGUCCGUCCCCAAACCCACGCAUUAAUUGCAUCCCACUGACUAAACCUCUCUGUGAUCAAAGACCCUCCCUCUGGCUCAUGCUGGCUCUUAGCUCAUUGCUGGGGUGAGGUGGGGGUAAGGAGGGGUGGUGGCCUUUAUGGGCAUGGCUCUCACCAACCUCCCAAGCUUCUCUCCAAAGAAACUGGCCAGUAAUGGAGCCCAGAGCAUCCAUCCCAUUGUUCUUAUGACUCCACAGUGUUCAGACUGGUUUGUGCAUGGACUGAAAUAAAACCACCCCGCGGUACCGAGGGAACAGAGAGCAACCGGGUGCAGGAUGAGAGGGAGGGAAGGCGGCCAAGGACCAAAAAAAGACCUGACUCACAGGCCCGGGGCAUUUCCUGGAAUUCCCUCCCACUGUGGGUUGGGGAUCUAGCCACCCCCGCUCCUGCUAGGGGAAA